AUGCCAAAUCCUUUGUCUGUUUAUGUGCCGUUGGCAUCACUGACCCAGCCAACAGUUGCUUCGAUCAUUUCAGCUGCUCUUCGAUAUGAUAAACCAGAUUGGAAUAACAGCAGACACACUCUACGUGCUUUCUUGCUUGCACUCAAUGAAAAACUCAAUGAAAUUGAAAAAAGUAAAGACACAGAAUAUGACGAAUUCGAUGAACGUACUAUUCAACAUGCGGCUGAAGUUCGUAAAUGGUGCAUAAAAGUUGAUCAUGAAACUGAUCAAAGUGUUGAACUUGACUGGCAUAAAAUUAGACAAGCAUAUAACUGGAUCGCCGGUCAAAAAGGUGAUGAAAUGGCGAAAUAUUUCCGCGUCAGUGAUCCAAAGCCAUAUUAUGAGAUGACUGUACUAGCGGUAAGUUGGGAUAUGUUUAUGUUUGCAUAUUGUAGUACCUAUGUGAACGAUGCAUUGUAUAGAAUAUUACGAUUAGGAGUUAUCAGGACCAAGUCAUCUCGCCGGGGGCAGAACCAAAGUCCGUCAAGGCGAUCUCGGCGCACAUUGUCAAAAAAGUUUUGUCCGAUGUGUCCAUCAGCCAUUCUUUGGUAA